AUGACCGAUGACAAAUCGGCUCACGAUAUUGUACAAAAUCUCGAAAAAAAUGUGAGCAUUCUCAAGUCAGAGGGUUACGGUCCAGACAUAGUUCUUGAAUUCCGUGACAAGUUCGAAUUGUUUCGUAAACUAUUGUGCAAUCUGACAGAUAAGCUCCAGUCGUUGUUAUAUUUAUCCGAGAAUUACACCUCCACGAACGACUUUAAGCAGUUUAUAAGCAGGAUUGUCAGUUCAUGGAACUCUAUUAAUAAGCAGGUCUGUGAAAAAUGUUCCAAGAUUCAAGUGGGUAGUCGUACGCUAUCGGGAAUACCGUUAUCAUUGCUCCUUAAAAAGAUAAAAAAAGAGACAUCUUUAACAAGGAAAUUGUUGCACACCUGUGUUACUAAAUACAGUCAUGAAUAUCUCUCGAAGUGUUACGUUUUGUUAAAUGAAACCGAAGAUUUAUUAUGUAAACUCGAAAAAUCGGAUGAUAAGUUACGACAAUAUAUAGCUAUACUGAAGUUGAAUCCAUUCCUUGUUAAGCUAGAAUCUGACAUAGACACAUAUGUCUCAAAUACUAACAUAUCACCAAUCGACAAAUCUAAAUAUCCAAAACUGGACGUUUUUCCAAUUGUCGCAAAACUUCUCACCGGUGAGUUACUUGAUGACGAACCCAUAGACCCGUAUUGCGUUUUACUGGAUAAUGUGCCUAGGAAACCAGUUUUCAUUAUUAAAAUAAAACAAAAUGGAUCCAUCAAUGACAGUCGAGGAAACAAUAUAAAUGUGCAAAGUUACACGUUAUAA